AUGGCUCUGGACUCGAUGGUCCGCGUCAGCGCAAGCGCCAUGCACACAUCAGUCCCUGGCGCGUUGCUGCUCGGCGUCCGCUCGCGCUGCGCUGCGCUCAGGCCCGUGCCUUCCGUUCGCAAUGGCGGCAAGAAAAGUUAUCAUGGGGGCAGAUCGCUGCGCGUUGCAGCGGCGCAGUCUGAGGCUAGUGGAGCGCCGGCCCCACAGAAAGCAGCAGGAGCGCGGCUCAGCACUGAUCAGACAGGCAGGCGUGGCAGCAGCAACGGCGGCAGGGGCGAUGCGGACCGAAGCGGCGGCGCUGCGGGGGCCGGCGGCGCCCAGCGGCGCCGGUCUGCUGCCCCUCGGCUGUACCUGCCCUCUCCGUGGGGAGGCAACCGGGUCCAGUGGCUGCCUGUGGAAGACGCAGAAUGGGAUGCAUCUGCGCAGCAGCAACAGCAGCAGCAGCAGUCCCUGGCCCCACCAUUGCCGCCGCCCCAGCAGCCGCCCCAGCCGAAAGCGGCAGGCGCGGCGGCGCCCAACGGCCGCGCCAGGAGCCUGCUGCCGUCCGGCGUUGUCGUUCACAACCUGUCAGACACCUCAUCACAAUCUGGCGCCGCCGCCGGCGCCGCGGCAGGCCGCGCGACAGACGGCGGCCAGCCGCAGCGCCCGGCGCGCCAGCAGCAGCAGCGGCGCCAGCAGCAGGGGCCCGGGAAGGCCAAGGGCCGCCCCGUGGCGGCGGUGGCAUUGGACGCGAGGCGCCCUGCCGCGACGGUCGUGGUGCAGAGCCCGAAGGCUGCUAGGCGCAGGCAGGGCAACGGUGCAGAGUCCCUCCCGCGUCUGGAGGAGCAGUUGGCUGGGCUCGCCCGGGCCACAGGGGCCGGCAUGGGCUCCGGCGGACCACGCGCCCAGAAGCAGCGGCGGGGGCAGGCCAGCAGCAGCAGCAGCAGCGGCGGUGGCGGCGACGACGGCGGCGGCAGCAGCGGUGGUGGCGGCGGCGGCGGCGACAGCGGCGCCACGCGCCAAGGACGGCGCGCGGGCAAGGGUCAGGGCGCAGCUCGCAGCGGCGCCGCGCCCGCCGCUAGUGCUGAGGACUUUGAGCUGCCCCAGGAGGAAGCCGCAGCGGCGGUGCUGGAGCGGCAGCUGAUCGGGCACAUCCAGGAGCUGCAUCUUAUGCGCCAGCAGCAGCAGCAGCUGCUGCAACAGGGCGUGGACGCGUCGCAAGGCCAGGAUGGGGGGCUCCUGGCUGCUGCAGGCGCGGAAUUUGGCGGCGCGGGCGGCGGCGUGGGCUCUGGCGGCGCGGCGUCCGCAGACCUGCGCGCCGCGGCGGCGCAGGGCGAGCUGGCGGAGGCGCUCCUGCUGCGCAUGUACCGGCCCCUGGUGCUGUCGGCCGCGCAGCGCGCGGCGCGCGGCAUGCGGGGCGCGGCGAUGGAGGAAGUGGUGCUGGAGGCGCAGGCGGCGGUGCUCGAUGCGGCGAGGCGGUUCGACGUGGGGCGGGGGUCGGGGCGGCUGGGGCCGCUGGCGCAGCUAACAAUGAAGAAAAGGAUGGAGGCGCUGCGAAAGGAGUACACUGCGGGCGCGGGCCUGAGCGCCUGGUCCUCGCUGCAGCUGCUGCCCAAGCUGCGCGCCGCCCAGGCGCAGCUGGAGGCCGCGGGGCGCCCGGCGACGGCCGAGGCGCUGGCGGAGCCUCUCGAGCUGUCCCCAGGGCGGGUGGCGGCCCUGCUGGAGCUGGCGCAGCAGCAGGUCCUGCAGUUGGGCGACGUCUUGGCGCAGGACAGCGGCAGCGGCAACGGCGGCGCCGUCGCGCUCGAGUCCCUUGCGGGCGGCGCGCUCGCGGCGGAGCAGCAGGGGGUCUCUCAGCAGAGCCUGGCGUCCACCGACGAGGAAGCUGGCAGCGACAGCGUCGGCGGCGUCGACCCUCUGCAGCCCGUGUUCGAGGAACUGCUGUCCGAGCUCGACCCCCGCCAAGCCCUCGCGCUGCGCCUGCGGCUGGGCCUGGCGCUGCCGGCCGGGUCGCCCGGGCAGGAGGCAGCUGAGCUGCAUGAGGAGGAAGGGGUCAUGGCUGGCGCUGUCGGCGGCGGCAUGGCGAUGGGCGAGGUGGCGGCAGUGCUGGGCGUGAGCCGGCAGCGGGUCGGGGAGCUGCUGCGGGUCGCCGUGGCGCAGCUGCGGCCGCGGCUGGAGCGCGCUGCGGGGGCAAGCGAGGAGCUGCGCAUGCUGCUCGACGCGGUGGCGUAA